AUGUCGGAGACUCCUGUGACACCUCAACCGGAGGCAAGCUCGACGCAACCUCUGCCCCCGCAACAAUUAAACCGCUCUUGUGAAUCGUGUCGCAGCCUCAAAGUGCGUUGUUUACCCAACCCCUCGACGCCAAAUCAGUGUCAGCGAUGUGCAAAGAGCAAGAAAUCGUGUGUCUUUGUGGCCCCGCAACGGCGGCGGCCGCGCAAAAGAACCGACUCAAGAGUGGCGCAGCUCGAAAAAGAAAUGCGCAUGAUGCGUUCCCUGCUCAAGGAUCGGAUCCGUGAAGAGAGUGAGCCCGAGUCGCCCGAAAGCAGCGAAGGCUCUCUGGACGAGUCGGGCGAAAUGGAUGUCCAGGACUUGGGCCCAAUGUCAGAGCCGCCGGCCAGCGUUGCCAGCUCCGGCAGGUAUAUGGACUAUUCACCAGAUUUUGGAAACACCACCAAUUCGCUGAGCAAUCACCCAGGCCUAUCCACAACCCCAUCCUUGUCGGGCCUGCACCUGAACUAUCCCCCCGAAGGCCAACAACCCGCGUGGGAAGACGUGGUCGAUCGUGGAAUCAUCUCACCAGAGGACGCGGAGCAAUUGGUCGCCUUUUUCAUUCAUGAGCUGGCACCAUUCUUUCCCCUGGUCAUUCUGCCUCAGGGCACUACGGCCGCGCAACUGCGACAAACCAAGCCAGUGCUUUUUCUGUCGGUGAUCUCGGCAGCCGCCAUCUCUGUCGAUGCGGGGCUCGCGGGAGUGCUGAAUCGUGAGAUGGUCCGAUUGUAUGCAGAUCGGUUUUUCAUCGAAGGGGACAAGUCGUUGGAGUUGGUGCAGUCGUUGCUCAUCAUGAUCAUCUUUUAUUUUCCGCCGGCGUCGCCCUUGAGGCUGCAAUAUUAUCAGUACACGCACAUUGCCUCCACGAUGGCCUUGGAGAUUGGCCUGGCCACGAAAAGGCGUGUUUCGAAGAAGAGACUCGAUCGAAAGGGCCGAAACGAUCCCCACGACGAGCUCAUGGCGGAACAGGCGAGAGCGGUGCUGGGGUGUUACCACUUGGGUUCCACGGUGGCAAUGAAGACUCGUCGACCAAAUCUGCUUCAAUUUAACGAUUGGAUGGAUGAGUGUGUCCAGCAAUUAGAACGCUCGCCCCAUCAGACCGAUCAACACUUGGCCGUAUGGUUUGAGCUGCAACGAAUCACCGACGAGGCGAUGUCUUCGUUUGGUCUGGAUGAUACAAGCGCGUCCUCACCAUUGACCGAAUCGCGGGUGCAGGCGGUUCUGCGGUGGUUCGACAAGCGCAUGGAGGGGUGGAGAAAGAGCACCCCCGAUGACAUGCUCACAGUUCCUAUGAUUCUGGAAUAUCGAUCUGCUGUCCUGGCCAUGUAUGAGCUCGGCGUAGGGGAGGGCUACCGGGAUCCGGAAUCGAUCAAGAACCGAUACUUUGUGCUGCCUCCAUUAGACCGGGAGGAUGGCGAUCGACCACCCGGGCCACAGCUUAGCGCAAUUCGGAUAGACAUCACUGUCAAAUGGAUGAACGCCGCGCAGGAGCUGCUGGAUGCUAUCCUAACCUGUAGCGUGGGCACGAUGCGCAGAAUGCCCAACCUCACGUAUACCCGGUUCGGGACGGCGAUGACGGCCCUGCUCAAGAUUCAUUUCUCGGUGCGGACGGGCGCUCUCGGCGAGGUGGUCACCUCGGAAUCUGUCAAUGUGGCGUAUUACCUCGACGCCAUGACGAAUAAGCUGGGCGAGGCAAGCGGCGGUGGGAAAUACAAGAUUCCGAGUCGAUGGUACCAGGUGAUUGCUGUGCGCGGCCGAGACUGGUUCGAACGACUGGAAAAGCAGUAUGCGGGAGCUGGCGCUGGCGAGGCCGAAUCUGUGACAACAUCCCACGGUCCGCCGACAGAUGUCCGAUCCAUGUCACUGACGAGCCAGUUGCCCGGGUCACAAGACUCGUCCCCCGCGCAUCAUGGUCGACCGCUCGCACCGCUAUGUCCAGAAUCAUAUGGACUGGUGCCGGGUGUGCCGCCGCUUAUGGCACCGCCUGGCAUGGGUCACUUGCGUGGGGAAUACAUGGCAGUUCAUGGCAGCGGCAUAGGGAUGUGGCCCAUGGACGGAGGACAGGGACAAGGUCACGGUGGGCCUGCGUCGAACGCAUUCUAUCCAUCACUUUCCCCGGGAUACCAACCUUCCCCUUCUCAUGGCGGGACCGUCUCCCCUUCUUUCGGGGUUGAGCCGCAAAGGAUGCAUCCUCCGGUUGGAGGGCUGAUGCACGGCACAGGCAUGGAAUUAGACGGAUGGCUUCCAGAUGGUAGCAUUUUUGGGGUGCCCCCGUUGCCCGAAUUUUGA